UUAGUUGUAAGAAAUAGAUAGGAUUACCAGUGCAGACGCUGGAACAUGGGAGCAGUCAGGUAUUAGGGACUGCGUCUAAGCUGGAUUUAAAACCAACUGACCAGUCAUCCCACUGGCGUAAGACGACGGUUUCUACAGAGAGCGGUGGAGAGCAGGGCCGUCGGCAGAAAGGAUUCAUGCCGAGGCGUCAAAGCUCAGGCCAUGGAAAUAACGCUGAAGGGUUUUCCGCUGAAGGUGGUGAAUAUCCCGUGGAGGAACAAUAACCUCAGCACUCUGCACACGGACCCACCUCUCUCUGAACAAGGAGAAACCAUCGUUGGAGUCUACCUGCUAGUGCUGGGAUGGCUAUCAUGGUUUGGCAACAGUCUGGUGAUAUUUGUCCUGUACCGCCAGCGGGCCUUACUCCAACCAACAGAUUUCUUCACCUUAAACCUCGCCAUCUCUGAUGCCAGCAUCUCAGUGUUUGGCUACUCUCGAGGAAUUCUGGAGAUAUUCAACAUCCUGAAAGAUGACGGGUACCUAAUCACAUGGAUCUGGACAUGCCAGGUGGACGGCUUCCUCACGCUGCUCUUCGGCCUUGUGAGCAUCAACACCUUGACGGUUAUCAGUGUGACCAGAUACAUCAAGGGAUGCCACCCGCAAAAAGCACACUGCAUCAGCAUCAACACCAUUGCAAUAUCACUAAUCCUCAUUUGGACCGGAGCGUUGUUCUGGUCCAUCGCUCCGCUGCUGGGAUGGGGCAGCUAUACAGAUCGGGGUUAUGGCACCUGUGAGGUGGACUGGUCCAAAGCCAAUUAUUCCACCAUCUACAAGUCCUACAUCAUUUCCAUCCUCAUUUUCUGCUUUUUCAUCCCCGUGAUGAUAAUGUUCUUCUCCUACGUAUCUAUUAUAAAAACUGUGAAAAGCACAAAUACAAUGUCCGCUGAUGGUUUUCUCUCUGCGCGACAAAGGAAGAUGGAAAGAGACGUCACGAGGAUUUCCAUUGUGAUCUGCACUGCUUUCAUCAUGGCGUGGUCCCCGUACGCGGUGGUCUCCAUGUGGUCGGCCUGGGGCUUCCACGUGCCGAGCACCACCAGCAUCGUGACCCGCCUCUUCUCCAAAUCUGCCAGCUUCUACAACCCGUUCAUUUACUUCGGUAUGAGCUCCAGAUUCCGCAAGGAGGUCUCCUUGCUGUUUCCGUGCACGGUGGAGAGCAAGGAGGUGGUGCAUUUGCAACACUUUAAAAACAUCAAACCCAGAACGGAGAACCCUCCCCAAGCUGCGUUGCCUGCCGCCCAGAGACCUGAGGCCAAGCAGUGGGCGGAAGAGCUGAACCGGUCCAACCUUGACACCGACUCAGGAGUCAACAGUCCUCCUGAGACACCUCCUGAGAUCUUCCACAUCGACGUGCCCUCACUCACUGAAACGUCAGAGUACUGGUGCGAAAAACUCUAAUAAGACUGUUUUAAUCCAGCUUUACAUGGGGGGGAUUGACUGUGUUUUUCUAUUUUCUUCAUCUUACCCAUAUUCAUGAAAAGAUGUACCCAUGUUUGUCAUCAGUAUGUGUGCUAAUAAAUUCUUUUUUUUUUGAGGCCCAAAUUUAUUUGGGGGAAA